CUCGGUGGAGUCCGUAUGGAGGACUCGGACUCGGCGGCAAAACAGCUGGGCCUGGCCGAGGCGGCAGCGGUGGCGGCCGCGGCCGCUGUGGCGGCGGCGGCCGCGGCCGCAGCAGAAAGCGAGGCGGAGGAGCCGGUGUUAAGCAGAGACGAAGACUCGGAGGAGGACGCGGACUCCGAGGCGGAGCGCGAGACGCGGCGGGUCACGGCUGUGGCGGUGAUGGCGGCCGAAUCUGGGCACAUGGAUAUGGGUACCGAGGCUCUACCCAGCCCCGAUGAGGCUGCCGCUGCCGCCGCCUUCGCAGAAGUGACCACGGUGACUGUGGCCAACGUGGGGUCCUCUGCAGAUAACGUCUUCACAACAUCCGUGGCUAAUGCGGCAUCCAUAUCAGGACAUGUCCUGUCUGGUAGGACAGCCCUGCAGAUCGGGGACAGUCUGAACACUGAGAAAGCCACACUAAUAGUUGUCCACACAGAUGGGAGCAUUGUGGAGACCACCGGGCUGAAGGGCCCAGCAGCACCUCUUACCCCAGGUCCUCAGUCUCCUCCUACCCCACUGGCACCUGGCCAGGAGAAAGGUGGUACCAAGUACAACUGGGACCCAUCGGUUUAUGACAGCGAGUUACCUGUGCGCUGUCGGAACAUCAGUGGCACGCUGUACAAGAGCAGGCUCGGCUCAGGAGGCCGGGGUCGGUGUAUCAAGCAGGGGGAAAACUGGUACAGCCCAACUGAGUUUGAAGCCAUGGCAGGAAGAGCCAGCAGCAAGGACUGGAAGAGAAGCAUCCGCUACGCCGGCAGACCCCUGCAGUGUCUCAUCCAGGAUGGUAUUUUGAACCCUCAUGCUGCCUCCUGUACCUGUGCUGCCUGUUGUGACGACAUGACUCUAAGUGGCCCUGUCAGGCUCUUCGUCCCUUACAAAAGGCGCAAGAAAGAGAAUGAGCUGCCCACGACUCCAGUUAAGAAGGAUUCCCCCAAGAACAUCACGCUGCUCCCCGCCACAGCAGCCACCACCUUCACUGUGACACCCUCAGGACAGAUCACUACCUCCGGAGCACUAACCUUUGACCGAGCAUCCACUGUAGAGGCCACUGCUGUCAUCUCUGAGAGCCCGGCCCAAGGCGAUGUCUUUGCAGGAGCCACGGUGCAAGAGGCAGGUGUGCAGCCCCCCUGCAGGGUUGGCCACCCUGAACCCCACUACCCUGGCUAUCAGGACAGCUGCCAGAUUGCCCCAUUUCCAGAAGCUGCAUUGCCAACAUCACAUCCCAAAAUCGUCCUGACACCCCUGCCCGCCUUGGCUGUGCCCCCCUCCACCCCCACCAAAGCCGUCUCUCCCACCGUGCUCAGUGGGCUGGAGAUGUCAGAACAGCGCAACUGGCUGUACCUGGAAGAGAUGGUCAACUCCUUGCUCAGCACAGCCCAGCAGCUGAAGACGCUGUUUGAACAAGCCAAGCAGGCGAGCUCUUGCAGGGAGGCUGCUGUGACCCAGGCGAGAAUGCAGGUGGAUGCAGACAGGAAAGAGCAGUCAUGUGUCAACUGCGGCCGGGAGGCCAUGAGUGAGUGUACCGGCUGCCACAAGGUUAACUACUGCUCCACAUUCUGCCAGCGCAAGGACUGGAAAGACCAUCAGCACGUCUGUGGCCAGUCAACCUCUGUCACUGUCCAGGCUGACGAAGUCCAUGUUGAAGAAAGUGUAAUAGAAAAAGUUGCUGUUUGAGCCAGGCUUCUCCCUGCUCUGCUGUGAGGACGUACCAGGCUUAGGCCCUCUGAUGACUGUGGGGGCCACUGAGAAGAGGGGCCAUGGGAAACUUGCAGGACAAGUUGCUAACAGACGAUGCCCUUGGAAAGGAACUCCUGCCAGAGACUGAGGAAUGCUGGUGGCUUUCGGAAUGGGGCACUCUGUCACAGCCCAGGGCCCUCGACCUAUCAUGGUGCUCUUUCAUGCCUGGAUCAUGAGUGUGUCUUUACCCAUGGGGGUCCCCUAUGCCACGUGUACAUAUCUGUUGUAUCUGUUAAUAAGGUUGUAAAUAAAGCCCUCACCGUCCCACCUAGAUGUUGCCAUUACAAAGCCCACUU